UGUGUCUUCGGUUAGUUUAAUCUUACCAUGUUUUCCCUUUGAGUGAGUAUUAUAAUUGAGGAAACACCAUUAUCAUCUUUAUCCUCAUCUUCGUCAUCAUCAUUCCAACCAUAUGAACAUGAAACUUUGGAGCAGCCUCUUGUUGCACCAGGUCGAGAGUAAAGAGCAACUGCACCGAGUUGAAUCACUGACUUGCACGUUCCUCUUUUUCCUCUGUUCUAUUAAAUUAAAAUUAAAUAUUAUUAAAAUCUAUCUCUUUAGCUGAACAAUUUAGCAAGGAUAAUUUUUGAAAUGUUGACCAAUGCUAUACCCAGUAAUCUGAAAUUUAUGAAAGCUGGUCAAAUGGUUGGUCGAGCUGGAAAUCAAUCUAAAACUGGUUACCGGUUGCCACCAACUAAACUCCUUAAUAAUUUUAUCCCAUGUAAUCACCAUAGUCAACAUUUUUUUAAUCGUUUCCUUAAUCUUUCAACGGCUAAUCAUCAAUUAUGCAGACAAUUUAAAUAUUUUAAUGUUUCCAAAGGAUAUUUCAUAAUUACCGCAAGAUCUCUCUGUUCCCAGACAAGUAAGGUUUUUAUGCCACCAGAGGAGUUUGUACAAACUAAAAAUGGUUCACCUGAUCAAGAGGCAAUUAAAAGCAUUAAAGUGGCAAACAAAACAACCGAAGAUGUACUAUUUGAAAUGUUUGAAGAUUCUUCCGGCCAAGUCAGUGUGAAUAAAUUUUUCUCAGCAUUAUCAGCAACUGGUCUUCGAGUUACGGAUCCUCGUUUGAAGGAAAUAAUUAGUAAAUUAAAUGUGAUUUGGAAAGCUAAACAAGAUGCUGGAUCUUUUGAAGCUCUUUCUCUGGACAGAGAAACCUUUAAAAUGGUUAUUAAGGAAAACAUUGUGCUCAUCAGUCGUGCUCUUCGCCAUCAUUUUGUCAUUCCAGAGUUCCAAGAGUUUUGUAAACAAAUCGAAGAGUUUUAUUGGAGUUGUAAAGCAAGAACUGGUGGUAAAGUUGCCAAUUACAUUCCCCAAUUAGCCAAAUACAAUCCUGAUUACUGGGGUGUUACAUUAUGUACCAUUGACGGUCAAAGGUUUGGCAUAGGCGACACAGAGAUACCAUUUACAAUUCAAUCAUGUGGUAAACCGAUCAAUUAUGCUAUAGCAUUAAGUGAGCUUGGAGCAGAUAUUGUGCAUCGUUACGUAGGCCAAGAACCUUCCGGACGUAUGUUUAAUGAACUAGUGCUUGAUCAUGAUAGUAAGCCACAUAAUCCUAUGGUUAACGCUGGAGCAAUUGUUGUUUGCUCAUUGCUCCUUUAUCUAGUUGAACCUGAGAUGCGAGUUUCGGAAAAAUUUGAUUGGGUUUGUAAUUAUUUCAAAGCUAUGGGUGGUGAUGAAUAUCUUGGUUUCAGUAACGCAACUUUUCUUUCAGAAAGAGAAGCUGCUGAUCGUAAUUAUGCAAUUGGAUAUUAUAUGAAAGAGAAUAAGUGUUUCCCUGAGAGAGCCAAUUUAAAAGAAGUAAUGGAUUUUUAUUUUCAGAUGUGUUCUCUGGAAGUUAAUUGUCCGACAGUUUCAGUAAUAGCUGCUACUUUAGCUAAUGGAGGUAUUUGUCCAAUUACUGGUCAAAGAGUGAUCUCAAGUCAAGCUGUUCGGGAUGUACUUUCUCUCAUGCAUUCUUGUGGAAUGUAUGAUUAUUCAGGACAAUUUGCUUUUAAUGUUGGAUUACCUGCUAAAUCAGGUGUUUCUGGAUGCACAAUGGUGGUUAUUCCCAACGUUAUGGGUUUGUGCUUGUGGUCACCACCAUUAGACAAUUAUGGAAACUCUGUUCGAGGUCUAGAAUUUUGUCGAGAAUUAGUUAAAAUUUUUAAUUUUCAUCAUUUCGAUAAUUUACGCCAUGUUCCACAUAAGAAAGAUCCAAGAAGACAGCGAUUUGAAACAAAAGGAUUAAAGAUUGUCAGUCUUCUCUUCUCAGCUAGUUCUGGUGAUGUUUCAGCUAUGAGAAGGUAUUAUCUUUCUGGUAUGGAAAUGGGACUGAGUGAUUAUGAUGGUAGGACAGCCUUACAUUUAGCUGCCUCAGAGGGUCAUUUAGCAUGUGUUGAAUUUUUGUUAAAAGUUUGUAAAGUUCCACCUCACCCGAAAGACAGAUGGGGCCACACUCCAUUGGACGAGGCGAGACGUUUCAAUCACAAUGAUGUUAUUGAUCUUCUAAAAGGUGUUGAUGCCAACAAAGGAACUCCUAAAACCGAAUAAAAUUCGACUUCAAUUGUUAUUUGUUUAAAUUCACCAUUUAUAGUCAUUAGAGGAUCAAAUUGUAAGACAAUCAACAAUAAACUGUCUUCGAAAACAGUUUUGACGAAGUGAGAUCACACAUAUUUCUCUAUUGAUAUAUCAACAAAUUUGAUUCAAUUUUGGUAAUCGUUGUGUUUUUUGCUACCAAACCCUGUUAUUGUACUUAUCAUCUUCCAGCACUGGAUUAGAUUAAUAUAAAUGUCAACCUGAGAAUCUCAAAUAUUGGUAUUAUCAACCAUUCCUUGUUAAAUUGCUUUGAAUAAAAUAGUUUGUUGAAUUUA